AAGGCCUGUGGGCCCCGCGGUGCGGCAGCGGCCAAGGGGGCGGGCCUAAUUUCCCAGGGCAGGUGAUUGGUUGGCCCCGGCGGCGGCGGCGCAGCGCGUGCAACUGUCACCUCGGUCCGGGAAGAUGGAAGAGCUGAGCCAAGCCCUGGCUAGUAGCUUUUCUGUGUCUCAAGAUCUGAACAGCACAGCUGCCCCACACCCCCGCCUGUCCCAGUACAAGUCCAAGUACAGUUCCUUGGAGCAGAAUGAGAGGCGCCGCCGGUUACUGGAACUGCAGAAAUCCAAGCGGCUGGACUAUGUGAACCAUGCCAGAAGACUGGCUGAAGAUGACUGGACCGGGAUGGUCAGUGAGGAGGAAGAUAAGAAAGAUGAUGAAGAAAUGGACGUUGACAGUGGCAAGAAGUUACCAAGACGCUAUGCUAAUCAAUUGAUGCUCUCUGAGUGGUUAAUUGAUGUCCCUUCAGAUUUGGGGCAGGAGUGGAUUGUGGUCGUGUGCCCUGUUGGAAAAAGAGCCCUUAUUGUGGCCUCCAGGGGUUCUACCAGUGCCUACACCAAGAGUGGCUACUGUGUCAACAGGUUUCCUUCCCUUCUGCCAGGAGGCAAUAGGCGAAAUUCAACAACAGCAAAAGACUACACCAUCCUAGAUUGCAUUUACAGUGAGGUGAACCAGACCUACUACGUUCUGGAUGUGAUGUGCUGGCGGGGACACCCUGUUUAUGACUGCCAGACUGAUUUCCGAUUCUACUGGAUGCAUUCAAAGUUACCAGAAGAAGAAGGACUGGGAGAGAAAACUAAGCUCAAUCCCUUUAAAUUUGUGGGGCUAAAGAAUUUCCCUUGUACCCCCGAGAGCCUGUGUAAGGUGCUUUCUAUGGAUUUCCCUUUUGAGGUAGAUGGACUUCUCUUCUACCACAAGCAGACUCACUAUAGCCCUGGAAGCACUCCCUUGGUGGGCUGGCUGCGCCCCUACAUGGUGUCAGAUGUCCUUGGCGUCGCUGUGCCGGCUGGCCUGCUAACCACCAAGCCAGAAUACGCUGGGCACCAGCUCCAGCAGAUUAUUGAGCACAAGAGGAGCCAGAAGGAGGGCACGAAGGAGAAACUCACAGACAAGGCCUCUGAGAAUGGGCACUAUGAGUUGGAGCACCUGUCAACCCCCAAGCUGAACAGUUCUACCCACAGCCCUGAGCACGCUGGGAGCCUCAUGGAGAAUUAAAGAGGGCAGCCUCCUUUUAGGAAUCACGGGAUGGGACCUGGCCCUAGAAGGAAGACUGUGGAGGAGGACAAUGACAACAGGUGACUUCAUUUUAGAAUGGACUUUCCAAAGCCACUCCAGCUUAUCUCCUAUCUGAAAUGCUGGCUCUAACAGCUGGGGGGGGCAGUCCCAGAUGGGGUGGCAUUUGGAUUGAUUGGAGCAGCUCCUACCUUGACAAGUAUAUCCUAGAUCUACAAUGUAAAUAUAUGUAAUUCUUAAGAA